AGCAUCUUUCUUCUUCGUUUCUUGUUUGGUACUCGAAGAAGUCACCGAGAAAUGUGCAGAGCUAUUCGGUGAUCGGCACUGGAAGCCUCAAUUGCGAAGCGAAGGAAGUGAUUGGUUGUUAAAGCAUGAGGUGGAGUAGAUAGCACAAGGAUCAUCGAGGAGGAACCAUCAAGAUGUAUGCACGAGCGGUUCUUUCUUUCGUUUUUGUGUUUCUACUCCUAUUCUCUUACUCAAUUUUCAUAGGGACUUUGGACAUUCGAUCUUACUUCAACCCUCUGUCGAAGUUGCCGGUUGUUUCACCCGGUCCAUGUGCACCUGAACCGCCUCUCCGGGUUUACAUGUAUGAUCUUCCCCGUCGAUUCAAUGUUGGCAUGCUCAAUCGCCGGAGCACGGAGGAAGCUCCGGUUACCGCCCGGGAUUGGCCGCCAUGGCCCAGGAAUUCUGGGUUGAAAAGGCAACACAGCGUUGAGUACUGGAUGAUGGGCUCGCUUCUUUAUGAAGGAGGAGGAGACUAUAGAGAGGCGGUAAGGGUUUCGGAUCCGGAAAUGGCAGAUGUGUUCUUCGUGCCUUUUUUCUCCUCAUUGAGUUUCAAUACGCAUGGCCAUAAUAUGACGGAUCCGGCUACUGAGAUUGAUCACCAAUUACAGAUUGAUUUAAUUGACUAUUUGUGGCAAUCCAAGUACUGGAAAAGGUCUGGAGGUCGAGACCAUGUUAUUCCAAUGACACACCCCAAUGCAUUCAGGUUCCUGCGUGAUCAUGUGAAUGAAUCUAUUCAGGUUGUUGUAGAUUUUGGCCGCUACCCCAAAAAUGUGUCUAAUUUGAGGAAAGAUGUGGUUUCCCCAUACGUGCAUGUGGUGGAUUCAUUUGAGGACGAUGAAUCUCCAGAUCCAUAUGAGUCUCGUACAACACUGCUUUUCUUCCGUGGGAGGUUAUUCAGGAAGGAUGAAGGCAUUGUGCGCGUUAAGCUAGCAAAGAUAUUAUCUGGCUAUGAUGAUGUUCAUUACGAGAGAAGUGUUGCUACUGGUGAAAACAUUAAAGCGUCAUCUAAGGGGAUGCGUUCUUCAAAGUUCUGUCUGAACCCAGCUGGAGAUACACCUUCAUCUUGUCGUCUAUUUGAUGCCAUUGUGAGCCACUGUGUUCCUGUCAUUGUGAGUGAUCAAAUUGAGCUCCCAUUUGAGGAUGAGAUUGACUACACUCAAUUCUCGUUGUUUUUCUCUUUCGAAGAGGCAUUAGAGCCAGGCUACAUGAUUGAUAAGCUUCGUAAAUUUCCAAAGGAAAAAUGGGUAGAAAUGUGGAGGAAGUUGAAAAACGUAUCCCAUCAUUAUGAAUUCCAGUAUCCGCCCAAAAGGGAAGAUGCUGUGAAUAUGUUGUGGAGACAGGUGAAGCACAAACUUCCCAAAGUCCAACUCUCUGUUCAUAGAAGCCGGAGGUUAAAGAUACCAGAUUGGUGGAAGCGGAGAUGAUCUUUGGAGCCGGCUUUGUUGACUGUAUACAUUCGCAUCCAAGUUAGGGACAACCCUUGGCAGGGAAGAUACCAUUAAUACGACCCGUGUGAACUCAAUUUUUUAUAAUGAAGAUUUUGAUGCCAUUUUUAAUCUGUGAUCUAUUUUGGUAAUUGAUCUUUGAUGGGUGUGACGCAUUUGCCUCGCUGAAAAGCCUAAUACUCGUCAGCGUUCAUCAUGCCAAUUUUGCAGACGUUGCUCCUCCUUCAUCUUCUUUUUGAGUGUCUUAGCUGAAGGUGGACUCUGUAGUUUUUACUUUUUACAAGUGAGAGUAUGCUCAAUUGAAUUUGAAGCUUUAACCAAA